AUGUCAAUUCCAGUUACUCAGUAUGGAUUUGUGUACAACAAGUCAACGGGACUCAAUUUGAAUAAGAAUCUCCCAGUUCAAUCGCCUGGAGUCGGGCAAGUACUUUUAAAGGUUGAUGCUGUUGGAUUGUGUCAUUCCGAUUUACAUGUUAUUUAUGAAGGACUUGAUUGUGGUGACAAUUAUGUGAUGGGUCACGAAAUUGCUGGUACAGUUGCCGAUGUAGGUCCAGAAGUGGAGAAUUGCAGUGUUGGUGAUAGAGUUGCAGCCCUUGGGCCCAAUGGAUGUGGGGACUGUAGAAUAUGUCGCAGCGGCGCUGAGAAUGAUUGCAAGCGGUCUUUUGCCAAUUGGUUCGGAUUGGGUGUUGAUGGCGGUUACCAACAGUAUUUGCUAGUUUCAAAACCACGUAAUUUGGUGAGAAUUCCUGAUAACGUUUCCUCGGAGGUUGCGGCUGCAGCAACUGAUGCUGUUUUGACUCCUUACCACGCUUUGAAGAUGACAAAAAUUGGGCCCAGCUCAAACAUCUUGAUUAUUGGAGCUGGUGGUUUAGGUAUCAAUGCAGUUCAAAUUGCAAAAGCCUUUGGAGCCCAUGUCACUGUUUUGGAUAAGAAAGAAAAAGCACGUGCAUUGGUUAAAAAGUACGGUGCCGACGUAGUUUUGGAGAGCUUGCCUGCUAGUACUGAAACAGGAAUAUUUAACGCUUGUUUUGAUUUUGUUUCAGUUCAAUCUACAUUUGAGAUUUGUCAGAAAUAUUGUGAGCCUAGAGGUUGUAUUGUACCAGUUGGUCUUGGUUCUCCUAAAAUCACUUUGGAUUUAGCUGAUUUGGACUUGCGUGAAAUUCGUAUUUGUGGAUCUUUUUGGGGAACAGCUAAUGAUUUGGAAGAGGUUUUUGCCUUGAUUGGAAAAGGUAUGAUUAAACCUAUGGUUCAAUCAGCCAAGUUGGAAGAGUUGCCACAAUAUAUUGAGAAGUUGAGGAAGAAUGAAUAUGAGGGAAGAGUUCGAGAUAGUGUUGUGACAAGCUACAAAGCUACAAAAAGCUACGAGGUGUCGCUCGAUAGUGUCGGUGGCAGCUACGAGGUGUCGCUCGAUAGUGUCGGUGGCAGCUACGAGGUGUCGCUCGAUAGUGUCGGUGGCAGCUACGAGGUGUCGCUCGAUAGUGUCGGUGGCAGCUACGAGGUGUCGCUCGAUAGUGUCGGUGGCAGCUACGAGGUGUCGCUCGAUAGUGUCGGUGGCAGCUACAAGGUGUUGCUCCACUAUCUCGCUUCGCUCGAUAGUGUUGAUAGUGUCGACAGUGUCGACGCGCGUAUCGGAAUACUUGCCAGGUCGCUUAUACCGCCCGAGCUUGGCGAUGAGUAUGUUCAGAGUAUAGCAAAUGAGUUAUUCAUUUCGCUAUGGAAGAAGUCGCCAACCAAGAAGAACCAGGAUAUAUCUCAAAUAAUCAAUAAAUUCAAAGUACGAUUCUUAAGUAACAAUUUGAAGCUGGAGUGGCUCCAGUUUCAGGAAAUUGUCAACUCAUUAGCAAAGCUUAAAGAUUUGAACCAGAUUGCAAAUUAUCUCGUGUUUUUCGAUGCCUUGCAUAAUGGGGAGCUAUUGCCAAUGUCAAAGUCAGUUUCCAACUCAAAACCAAAAUCAACGAGUUUUUUGGAGAAACAUCAUGUUGGUAGGAAUGGGAAAACGUUGGCUCAGCUUAUAGAGCCAUACUAUGAAACUUUAUCAGAAAAGGAGAUUUUAACUUAUUUACCCUAUACUUUAAGAGGAAUGGACUCGAAAUUGGUUGAGUUUACCGAUAAUUACCGACAAUUAGAAAUCCCACAAACAAUUAAUGAGAGCUACAGCUCGUUACUAAGACUGAUUUUUGAGUAUGCUUUUCUUUAUAAACAGUUGAUUCUUGUUGUUGAAAAUGAUAGAGGCACAAACCCACUGACAGUCCAAGCAGCAUUUGUGGCGUUGUUGGAAGAGAUAACUAAAGAGUAUAUUGGCGAAUUGAACCAGGUGUUCACUGAGGGACCCACAUCCAUCUUGUCAGUUUAUCAAAAAAUCUUUUCCUGGAUAUACAAGUUGAGGUUUUUGUACCGCAUAUCUCUCAAGUUGAAAACUUUGGAUGGGUACCACUUGCUAACGCAUGUUCACAAAUUUACAAAAUUUGGUGAUAAAAACAUUCUGGAUAUUGCAAAAAGAGUGUUUGCCGAGAUUGUCAAGCCGUAUUAUAAAAUAAUCGAAUUUUGGAUUAUUAAAGGUGAAUUGGUAGAUGAAAAUAAUGAGUUUUUUAUAACUUUUGAUCGAAAUGAAAACAGUUUUGAUAAGAUUAUUAAUUUCCAUAAAGAAAAAGUUCCAGACUUUGUACACUCUAGUGACAAGAUCUUCCAAAUUGGGAAAACGUUGAUUUUCUUAAACAAGUAUUGCAGGGAAUUAGAAUGGAUAAAUCGGUUCAAUGUCAAGUAUUCGAAAAGAUUGUUUUCCAAUGAUAGUAGAAAUAGCAAUUAUAGUAACAUGGCUACUUCUACUACUAAUAGUAAUAAUAAUAAUAAUGGGCUAGCGACGAUGAGCGAAAACGAAGUGGUGGAACUAAUAGCAGAUGAGUAUGACGAAACCUUGAGCUACUUUACCAAACUAAUGCAUCAAAAAUACAAUUUAUUGACACAUUUGCAAAUCUUCAAAAAAUUUUACUUAAUUGGGGCCAGCGACUUUAUAGAAUCCAUUAUGAUAAAGGGAAAAACCGUUCUCGACAAACCAUCCUUGGACAUCACACCAAGUCAAUUGGACAAAAUCUUGAACGAGGCAAUACAGCUGUCAGCGGUUAAAACGUUGAAAUAUACCGAUAGAGUCGAUAUGAAAGUUUUCACUUCAGAAAUAGGAAGCUUUGGAUGGGAAUCGUUCUUGCUUAAUUACAAGAUUGAUGAUUUACCUUUCAGUUACCUAUUAGAAGAUCAGAUUUCAGAAUAUUUCAAAAUGUUUCAUCUUUUGAGAAAAUUGCGACAUUUGGAGAUUCUUUUGAAUGCAAAUUAUGAGAUGUAUUCUGUUCUCAAUAAUAAAUUCAGUCGAAGCAUAAGAAAACAGUUUAGCAGAAGGUUCAAAUCGGUCACCAUUGCAAAUGUGCUAAGAAACCAUAUCAUAAAGUUUCUACAAAAUCUAAUAUCCUUUCUCUCUUACGAUAUUAUUGAGGAGUCUUAUGAGAGUGUAAUUGUGAAAAGAUUCUUUUACAAUGACAAUGACACUGACUUGUUAUUGGACAAACUGUUUAUGAAGUUGGAUAAUAGACACUACGAGCACUACAACGUCAACAAACUAACUAUAGAUGACUUAAUUCGAACACACGGAAGAUAUCUUGAGCAAAUUGUGUACACCGAUCUACUUAAUGAAAAAAAAAUAGGAAAGAAGACAAACAUCAGUUAUGUUUAUCAGAUCUAUGACUUGUUACAGACAAUUUUUGAUUUUGUGACUGCAGAUCAGGAGUAUCACUCUCUUAUACUCGAGUUUGCGUUUCUCGUUGAGCAGAGCUAUUCUGGUGAUUUUGAAACUGGACAAAAUUUAGAGAAGUUGAUUGAUCGUAUGAACAAAGUAAUGCAUAAACUUAAAAUCGAUAUAUUUGAAAGUGAAUUCAAGUUCCAAUUAAAUAAUUUAAAGGAGGAUUUAAAAUUGGAUAAUAAUUUACAAGAAUUUGGAACAUACAUAUAG